AUGUAUAAGUUUGUUGAAUGCAUUGUUUGUAUUGUAUUUGUAUUAUAUAUGAAGUGAUUGAUUGUGAGAUCGUAUCCGAUGUGAGCGCACAACUCGUUUGAAUGACAGUCACAACAAUAACACAAACACUCCUAACAUAACACAAGCCAUAGCCGCGGGUCAGACCUGACAGACCAGUCAUGGGUAACAUACAUACGGUGGGACCGAACGAGUCUCUGGUGGUGUCGGGCGGAUGUUGCGGGUCGACAAAGAAACAGUUGGUAGUGGGCGGGUGGGCGUGGGCAUGGUGGAUGGUCACUGAUGUACAACGAUUAUCACUUGAAGUUAUGACACUAUCACCAAAAUGCGAAAGUGUCGAGACCUCACAGGGCGUACCAUUAACGGUGACGGGUGUGGCCCAGUGUAAAGUUAUGACCGAAAAGGAGUUCCUCACGAUAGCCGCCGAACAGUUUCUCGGCAAAAGUGUUGAUCACAUCAAAUGUGUUAUACUUCAGACACUUGAGGGUCAUUUGCGGGCUAUUUUGGGAACACUAACUGUCGAAGAAGUCUAUAGAGAUAGAGACCAAUUUGCAUCUCUAGUCAGAGAAGUUGCCACUCCUGAUGUCGGCCGAAUGGGUAUUGAGAUCUUGUCAUUUACUAUCAAAGAUGUUUACGAUAACGUCGAGUACUUGGCCUCAUUGGGAAAGGCCCGCACGGCGGCUGUUAAACGAGACGCCAACGUUGGUGUGGCUCAGGCCGAGAGAGACGCCGGCAUACGGGAGGCUGAAUGUGAAAAGUCGUCAAUGGAUGUCAAAUAUGGGGCGAACACUAAAAUUGAAGACUCGCUCAGACAGUAUUCACUACAAAAAGCACAGUUUGAUUCAGAAGUGAAUUCCAAGAAAGCUGAGGCACAGUUGGCUUAUGAGUUACAGUCCGCUAAAAUGCAACAGAAAAUUAGAAACGAAGAAUUGGAAAUCGAAGUCGUGGAAAGGCGAAAAGAUAUUGCAGUCGAAGAAAAAGAGAUUUUAAGAAAAGAAAAAGAAUUGAUUUCAGAUGUCAGACUUCCGGCCGAUUUCGAGGCCGCAAAACUUGAGCUCAUAGCUCAGGGCAAGAAAUACCAAACUAUUGAGGCCAGUCGUGCCGAUUCUCAAAGAACUAAAGUGAUUGGCGCCGCAGAUGCCUACGCCAUUGAGGCCAUUGGUAAAGCAGAGGCCGAACGGAUGCGUAUGAAAGCAGCCGCUUAUAAACAAUAUUCAGACGCUGCCAUACUGUCCAUUACACUCGAAGCACUGCCAAAAAUUGCCGCUGAAGUGGCCGCGCCUUUAGCCAAAACCGAUGAAAUUGUUUUAAUUAAUGGACCGGAAAGUGCUAUCACUAGUAGUGUCACUCAACUCGUGUCACAAAUACCUCCUACCGUUCACGCGCUAACUGGUAUUGACUUAUCAAAGGUUUUAACCAAAAUUCCGGGCGCCAAAUGAUUAUCAAUGUUUACUACAGUACUGUAUAAAACAAACUAACUUAUACUCAAGUA